GGGCGGAGCUUCGUGGGGUCCUCAUCCCACAGAGACCAGAAGGGGCGGAAGCAGUCUAUUGAGACGCGGAGACCCUAGGUGCUGAAUCUUCCGAUGAGACUGAGGACCAAAGAGGGAAAUUGAUCUCCAAAGUCAGAAUAAUUAGUAGAGUGAGACAAAAGUCCCUUGCCUAUAACUGCAGAGACCACAGAUCUUUCUACUUCGUUCUUGAAAAGAGACCCUAAGAUCUCUGCAAAUUAUCUUGUAAGGGAUAAAAAAUGCCUAAAGUCAAAAGAAGCCGGAAAGCUCCCCCAGAUGGCUGGGAGUUGAUUGAGCCAACACUGGAUGAAUUGGAUCAAAAGAUGAGAGAAGCUGAAACAGAACCUCAUGAGGGAAAGAGGAAAGUGGAGUCUCUGUGGCCCAUCUUCAGAAUCCAUCACCAGAAAACCCGCUAUAUCUUUGACCUCUUUUACAAGCGGAAAGCCAUAAGCAGAGAACUCUAUGAAUACUGUAUUAAAGAAGGCUACGCAGACAAAAACCUGAUUGCAAAGUGGAAAAAGCAGGGGUAUGAGAACUUGUGCUGCCUGCGAUGCAUUCAGACUCGGGACACUAACUUUGGGACGAACUGCAUUUGCCGCGUUCCCAAAAGCAAGCUGGAAGUGGGUCGCAUCAUCGAGUGCACGCACUGUGGCUGUCGAGGCUGCUCUGGCUGACAUCUGGCCCUGAGCCCUCUCCAUCUUAGACUUUGGACCUUACAGGUUCUUACCAUGCCACCCCCUUCCUGGGAGCAACUCUUCUUGGAGCAUCACCCUGGGCCCAAGAUGGAGCAUGAUCUUUUCAGGUGAAGGCUUGGUGUUCACCAGCUCUGAUUUGUAACAAUAAAACCUUUAAACCUC